AUGCUAGAUGUUUGUUGCCUGAAAAAGUUUCUUACACCAAUUAGAAUCCAUGAAACUACGAAAUAUUUGAACGAAGGGCCUGAGCUAGCUAAUGACCGGCGAAGCAGCCCUACGUCAAAAACACUCAAAGAAUUGCAGUUUCUUACACCAAUUAGAAUCCAUGAAACUACCAAAUAUUUGAACGAAGGACCUGAGCUAGCUAAUGACCGGCGAAGCAGCCCUACGUCAAAGACACUCAAAGAAUUGCAAGACAAUGAUGCACAGAGACAAAAACAGCUUGUUACUAUGAAACAGGAACAAGAAAAAUCUUCUCAGAAGUUAGAAAAGAAACUAGCGUCAAACUUACAACAAACAAACGACGAGUUGAAUAAACUAAAAGAAUCAUCGAGGCACAAGGAAGAAGAAAUAGAAAAGUUAAAGCAGAUUCAACGUCAGCAUGAAGAAUCUAACAAAAGCCUAACAGAAGAGAAUAAGAAACUAGAGGAUAGUCUCCAGCGAGAGAGAACUUCGGUAAAACUCGUGAAACGAGAGAAUACAGAGUUAAAAGAAUGGAUAGAAAGACUAGAAGACGAAAACGAAACAUUGUCAGCUAGACCUUAUACUUCAAUGACAUGUAGAGAUAUAGACGAUAUGGACAGUCACAGUCUAAUAUCAUACCGACGGCAGCCGACGGGACUCUCUGGAAACGGUGAUAGCACUAGUAUGGGGCACCUUCUAACUCAAAGAAGAGAAAUCGAAGAGGAAAUAAAGAGGAAGCAAAUUGAGCAGAAAUAUCUUAAAAGGAGGCUACUAGAAUUGAAAUCCCUCGAACCAAGAACUGUUGAUAGCCAGGUUUGUGCUAUCCAAUAGUGAUAGGCGCUGGUACAUAUCUAUAACUUUAUGCUUUAAAUUUGUUUAAGUUUAGAAUCUCCAUAAUUCAGUCAUAUUGCUUCCCAGUGUGUCUUUCGAUUCUUACUAUUGAUAUCCGGAACAAAAUGGAGUACAUGCAUGUACAGCUAGGCAUGAAAUCCAGGGUGCGAAAUCACUCCUACAGAACUAAAAUAAAAUUUCUUGAAAUGGAAAAAUCACAGUAAAACUGUAUUGAAGAGUUUUGACAUAAAUUCAAAUAAUUUCAUUGCAAUUAAGAUACAAUACGUUUAAUUCAAAGGUUCUUAUCUUCAGCUGUUUCAGAUAAGUGGGAGUAACUUCUUCAGAACCUUAUUUGCGUGCAUGUAGAUUCAACACUGGUUAAGUUUCUUCGUUUCUGAAUCUGUUGUUAAAAAGCUAGUGUUAUUAAAUAUCGGCAUUAGAUGCAUUUGCUUACACUGUUCUGAAAAGUUAAUUCAUGAAUGUGUAACUGUUGAUAUUAUAGAAAUAUGCAUGAUUACUAUGAUAUUGUGUGUUAUAUACAUGUAUAUUUUAAUCAUAUAGAUAAUUUUUGAAUAGUUAAUUUGAAAGCUUUUGGCAUAAAUGGGUAUAUUUGUCUUUGUUUUCUAUUAAAAUAUACAUUAUAGUUACCAGGUACAUGUGUUUUU